AUGGUCGAGCAGCAGUAUAUUGCCCCAGGUCUAACCCAGCCGGAUGGUUUUUCGGGAGCUCCCAGUUUACACGACUCAAUUCCAACAACUGAGACUUCCCCUUACCACGAUCUGACAUCCUACUCAUCUGUUUCUUCACCUUUCAACAGCAUUUCUGGCCAGUGCGAUCCAAAUCUCUUAACUCCCAUCUCAGUCGUGGGAUCUCCUCCUUUGCACGGCGUGUCAAAAAUUGCAUCGCAAUAUCCUCCACCUCCAAGCACACCUAAUCAACACCCUAGCCCUCCUGGGAGUUCCAGAAUGUAUCACCAGCAGCAGCAGUGGGCAGGACAAUUUGACGUUAAUAGCCAAUCCCCACAAGCGAGUUCGCCCAUGACCUCUCAAGCCCCGGUGGCUGGAGGGGAAUUCCUUCAUGCCAAUUAUGUCCACGAUGGACGUCGAACCCCCGGACCCCCAGAGCCCUAUAUGGGAGCCUUUGGUGUCUCAAAUGGACCGGAACCACAACCUAUGAGUAACCCUUAUUACGUCAAUAUGGCGCCUCCUGUUGAGCACCAAGACCACAUGAUGAUGAGGGACAACCAUCAUAUUCCAAUGGGCAUGCAUCAUCGCGAAAUGGCGCCUGCUCCUCUGCUGGCCGAGCAUCAUCCACCUCAGUACCGUCGAAGAAGCCCAGAAGAUACAGGACUGCACGGAUUACCUUCUGAUGUUCCACGCUCCAUGACUGGAUCCCCUCGUCGAAAAUCUGCCCUACACGCCCCUGGCCGCGUCAAAAAGCGCACAACCAAGAGGCCAGGAGCCUCUAGAAGUGCAGCUGCUGAAGAGCCUGUAGACGAGCACAAGAAUUGCUUUGGAGAAGAGGUCCCACCAACACUCAAGAGUACCUGUCCCGAUGAGGAGCGCUGCAUAUUCGAAUCUCGCUGGGAGCACCGCAACCAAAAGGGUCAGGAUAUGUGGGAGAGCAUCCAGAGCGACUAUAAGAGUCGUUUUCAGAAGUGCCCCGGUAAGGAAAUGCUUCAGAUGAAAUUCAAACGAGGACGAUCCAAGUACAUUGACUGGUUGACCAGAGAUGAGGACUUGCUUCGGGAGGCUUUCAAGAUCGUCGAGAAAAAUCGCUACCAGAUGAUUCUUGACACCUUCCACGAAUUAGGGGGUUCCCGAAAUAUGCGAUUGAACGCCAGCGACAUAGAAGUCAAAGUCGUCAACGAUCUAAAGCUUGAGGAGGGAAUUUACAUGGAGUCCUAUGGGGAUCUAAACAUCAGAAGACGACGCAGAUCGGUUCAACCAAGGAAGCGCACUGGACGCGGUGAUGAACACGACGAGAUGAUGAGCGUUGGAUCCCACAACACUCAUGAAGAUGAGGUUAUUAACCAGGUGCAUGGCCUUCCCAAUAUCAAGAUGGAAGAAGAUGGCCCUGGAGGCCACAUGAUGAGCGCGCAUAUGUGGGACCAACAAAUGAAGAUGGAACCUGGAGCUAUGCCACCACAAAACGAUCGCAUGCAACCCUUGAUGAGAUUGAGCCCAACACAGACGAUGUAUGGAGGACGCAGAGGGUCGUGA